AUGGAGACGACAUCGUUAGGCGGCGGCCGGCCAUGGGCCCAUGCCAUGAUCUCGACGGCAGCCACUCUGGCACGACGAGAUAAUACGCAGUCGGCGGGGAAUGGCCAGAAGAGCCAAGGCAUCGGCAUUGUGAGCUUCUUGACGGCCAUUCUGGUCUCCGUCAUCAUUUUCUUCGUACAGCUUUUACUUUUCGUCCUUUUGAGGAACAAGUUAGCAAGGGUUUUCAAGCCCAAGACGUAUCUUGUCCCCGAGCGCGAACGAACCGACUCGCCGCCAAACAACUUUUUUACUAUGAUCAGGGCCCUGAUCAUGUAUAAUGAUCGACAAGUCAUCAACAAGUGCGGGCUUGACGCCUACUUUUUCCUUCGAUAUCUUAAAACCCUCCUCAUCAUUUUCAUACCCAUUUGCGCCAUCGUCAUGCCCAUCUUGAUUCCCAUCAAUUAUGUUGGCGGUCGCGGCAAAAAUCUUGAUUUUCGCACCAACAGCACCGAUUCGGAUUCAAGCACCAAUAGCACCGAUCCUGCCUUUGUACCCACAGGUCUAGACACCCUGGCCUGGGGCAAUGUCAAGGCGACCGAGACUGGUCGCUACGCCGCUCAUUUGUUGAUGGCAAUUCUCGUCGUCCUCUGGGUCUGUGGAGUCAUCUUCUUCGAGAUGCGCGCGUAUAUCAAAGUUCGUCAAGACUAUUUGACAAGUGCGGAACACCGGCUGAGGGCCUCUGCCACAACGGUGCUCGUCAACUCCAUUCCCUCCAAAUGGCUCAGUGAGGAUGCGCUGUCUGGUUUAUUCGACGUCUUCCCAGGUGGGAUUCGGAAUAUUUGGAUCAACCGUGAUUUGACGAGUCUCCUGGACAAGGUAAACCUUCGAGAUAAGAUUCAUGCUCAGCUUGAGGCCGCCGAGACUGAACUGAUCCGGGCAGCCAAAAGGGCUCAGCUUAAGAAGCGAAAUGCCGAGGAAAAGAAGCAGCGCAAGGGGCUAUCGAAGAAAGAAAAGGCCGAUCGUCAAGCUGAGGAAGACGCAGAGGCCAAACGAAUGGCAAACAGUGGCGAAGGGACCAAUGACGGCAAGCAGCACCACGUCCCGCACACAGUUGCCGAGGGCGUUAGGGAGUCACGGAUUGAGGAUAGCCACAAAAGAAAGAUGCGCAAGCUCCACGACGUCCGAGAGGAAUCCGAUGAAUCUUCAUCAGACUCUGACGACGACCGGAAAUCCAAUUCGUCUGACGGCAGCAGCGUGGCAGUACUUAGGAAUAUCAAGGGAGCUUUCAACAAGGCUGGCGAUCAGAUCGACGAGGUUGGGAUGAAUAACGGCUUUAUAACUUUGGCGCGCAAACAGACUCUUCCCGGAGAAGACGAUACUCCAAACCGAGGCUAUCAGUCCUUUGAGGCCCACCGCACGCAUACACAUUCGCGGGGGGCAUCCAAUGCGUCGGCUGCUAGCUCUACCAGAGCUAUUCGACAGAACGCACCGGUUACGGUGGAAGGCAACACGGUUCGAAAGCUCGAGAACAUCGACGAUAUGUACAACAUGGAGGAACCAAAGUUCUGGGAAUUCUGGAAGACACCUGCCGGCGGAUAUGCAUCUCCAGUCCCUCAGCAAAACGAGGCAGACGACUAUAUAGGCAAGCAAGGGCCUGAGAAGAGGACGCUGUGGCAGAAUAUAAAGGGCGUUCUUCCUUUUACGAGCGAAAAGGCCACCGAGACAACCGACUACCCCGCUGUCUACUUCAACGAGGAAUACAAGGUGGAGGAGGAAGAAACCGAUGCCGAGUGGGCGAAAUAUCUCAGGAAAAAGGACCGUCCAACUCAUCGACUACCGCCCUGGGGAGUGACAUGGCUGCCUGGCCUUCCGUUAUUUAACACAAAAGUUGAUACUAUUUAUUGGUGCAGAACCGAGCUGGCCCGAUUGAAUAUGGAAAUUGACGAGGACCAACAGCACCCCGAAAGGUUCCCCUUGAUGAACUCGGCCUUCAUACAAUUCAACCAUCAAGUGGCUGCCCACAUGGCUUGCCAGAGCAUUAUCCACCACAUCCCCAGGCAAAUGGCACCACGAGUGAAUGAGAUUUCACCCCGAGAUGUCAUUUGGAGCAACAUGGCCCUCUCAUGGUGGCAGGAAUGGGUACGUACAGGUGCCGUUACCCUUGUCGUGUUGGCCAUGAUCUUCCUGUGGGCCAUUCCCGUUGCGUGGACGGCCGCCUUGGGCCAGCUGGAUCAGCUUAUCCAGCAGACAUCUUGGCUCGGCUUCCUGAGAGAUAACAAGGCUCUCGAGAAUGCGGCCAAGGGUGUUGCAGGUGUUCUCCCGGCUGCCGUGCUCGCCCUGCUCCUCAUCCUCGUUCCGAUGAUUCUGAACAUCCUUGGUGAGAUCAGGGGCGCCAAGACCGGAGCCCAAAAGGCAGAGUUUGUGCAAGUAUUCUAUUUCGCCUUCCUCUUUGUCCAAGUUUUCCUCAUUGUCUCCAUUGCCUCGUUCUUUGCCGCUUCGAUCGACAAACUGGUCGACAAUAUCACGGAGCUCGACUCGGUCACCGCCGUGCUGGAUCUUCUCGCAACGAACUUGCCAAAGGCUGCCAACUAUUUCUUCUCUUACAUGAUUCUCCAGGCCAUGUCUACCAGUUCCGGUACUCUGUUGCAGAUUGGAGCCCUCUUUGUGUGGUUCAUCUUGGCUCGAUUGCUGGACAACACCGCACGCAGCAAGUGGUCUCGAAACACCACACUGAGCGAUGUCAACUGGGGAACAUUCUUUCCCGUCUACACCAACUUUGCCUGCAUCGCCAUCAUCUACAGCGUCGUCGCGCCCCUCAUUUCUAUCUUUGCCGUCAUCACGUUUGGGCUCCUCUGGGUGGCUCAGCGGUAUUCCAUGCUUUACGUUACUCGGUUCGAAGUCGAUACCGGCGGUGUGCUGUAUCCUCGUGCGCUCAAUCAAACGUUUACGGGUAUUUAUGUUAUGGAGCUCUGCCUCGCCGGAUUGUUCUUCAUCGUGGUAGAUGAUUCAGGCACCCACACCUGCACGCCACAUGGUAUUGUCAUGAUUGUGGUCUUGAUCCUUACGAUUCUUUACCAAAUCCUUCUGAAUAACUCGUUUUCGCCUCUGUUUCGAUAUUUGCCCAUCACGUUUGAAGAUGAGGCUGUGCUGCGUGAUGAAGCCUUCCAGCGAGCCCAGGACCGCCGCUUUGGGCUAUCGGGCGACUCAGACAUUGACGAUCACGAGGACGUUGAAGGCGGCCAAAGGGAGGAAGGUGGCACAGCAGAAAAGGCCUCCACCUCGAUGGAAAGCAGAGAAGAUAUCGAGCUGAGCAACAUUCAGCCAGGAAAGGGAAAAGUACGACUUGCAAACCCUGUGAAGAAAGUAGGAUCCUGGGCCAAGGGAGGCGGAAAGCAGGUGGGAUCCUGGGCAAAAGGAGGCGGCAACCAACUCCGAAAGCUGGCCAUGAUGGAUAACAACUCUCAAGCUGCCGAGUACCGACGAAAGCAGCGAAGCAAGGAUCUCGAAGCGCAGCGUGCCAUAGGAGAGGCGCUGUACGGAGGGAUCCACGACGAAAUCGAGGACCUUACCCCCGAAGAGAGAGACGUCCUGGUUCGACACGCGUUCCUCCACUCAGCUCUGCGAGCUCGUCGACCUGUCGUUUGGGUUCCUCGAGAUGACAUGGGCAUAAGUGACGAUGAGGUCCGCCGAACCCGCAAGUACAGCGAGCACAUAUGGAUCAGCAAUGAAGGCACGGCGCUGGACAGCAAAGUGCGAGUGGUGUAUGGCAGAUACCCGCCGGAUUUUUCGGAGAUUGAUCUGAUUAACCUAUGA